AUGAGGCAUUUGUUUGAUACCAAAAAAGAGCAUAAAUCAAUCAAGCUUGUCAAGAAACUCCAGAAAGAAGCGGAUAAAGAAUGGGAAAAUGAAAUUGCUCGUAGACGAGAACAAGAGUUGAACGAUGAAGCUAUUGCAAAGGAAUUACAGGCACAAUUAGAGCAGGAAUCUUCUGCUGCCAAUGGCAGUAAUCGUGCCAACAGUCCGCCUCCAUUGCCGACAAAGCCAAGAGCGUAUAAUUCAAGCACCAACAUCUCUUCUAGUCAUGCUACUGCUUCAUCAUCAUCCAUAUCACCACCAACCAAUUACUCUUCCAACUCAUUACCAACCGCCUCCACCACAUCGCCCACAUCAUCCACAUCACCCUUUGCAACCAAACCAAUGUAUAGUAUAUCCUCUACCAAUCAUCAUUCACAACCUGCGCUACCACCAAGAGAUCAGAAUGCUGCCAAUGGCAAUAAAAGACCUGUGAAAUCCUACUUGUCCAACAACAACAGCAAUGAGAGAUACAAACCAGAACUUCAGUUUGCCUUGGCUUCUCCCGCUCCAUGUCCUAGUUCUGUGUUUUAUCAAAAGACGCCCAAGAUGACACCUGCUAUUACGCCUCUGAAAGCAUUGGAUACCAAUACCACAAAUAGUGCUAGCAAUAACAGCGCACUUUACAAUGGCAGUAAGACACCUACUAGCUCCAAUGGCAUGCAACCAUCCCGGCCUGCACCAGUAACCGUUCAACCGCAACCACCACCCAUCAGUCGACCUGCAUCCACACAACCCGUUAUCAAUCGUAUGGAGAUGCCUAUGCCCACAGAUAUGAAUCCAACACACUUUCAAUCCAUGUCUGCCAAUUCUGCACCUUCGUCAUAUAACAAUCAUCAUCAUCAAACAAGUGUCACGAGUCCUACACAAAACGCUCCAUAUCAACCACCUUCAUAUGCACCGCAUAAAUCAGAUCCCAUUGUAUUACCAUUAUCCCAGCCUACUCCUCCUCAAGCUUCUUCUCAGCAGCAACAGCAGCACUAUUCUGCUCCUGCUGCUGCUACUCUGAUACCAGUGGCACCUCCACAUCCACCAUUGUAUCCACAGCAACAGCAACAACAAAAUGAUACCAAUGCUUCGUAUUUCCCUCCUCCUCCUCCUCAACAACAACAGCAACAACAACAACAACAAUCACAGCAGCAACAUUACCCUUAUCAAACUAUGCGUCAGAGCAUAUCCUCUCCUGCUAUAUCAUUACCUUUGAAUUCUAAUGGCAUUUAUCAACAGGCCAAUUACUCUCAACCACAGCAACAACAACAACAACAAAGUCCUCCUGCUCAGCAACCUUCCUAUUCAUUUAAUUCAGUAUACCAAUCUACGCCACCGCCACAGCAACAGCAACAGCAAUCGUAUGCCUCCGUGAAGCCUCCCCUUGUGUCUGCUGCUAGCAGUAGUGGAUUUCAGAUACCUCCUAUGCCUGUGUGUGCCUCGUCUUCAUCCAGCAGCAAUCUAACAACAAAACCACAACCACAACCACAAGUUCAGCAAAAGCGAAAAUCUACAUUAGCGCCUACAAACCCUUACUACAACAAGCAAGAUGAGCCUCCAUUGUCUAAUUCUACCAUUUCGCUGAAGCCAGAUGAAGGACAACCCAAGGAAUACAUGCAUCAGGACCUGUUAGGUUUGGGUAGGGACAAUGGCAAGGACGAUGACGAAGAUGAAGAUGAUGAUUGGGAUAUUGUGAGACCAGCAAAGACACCUCAUCGCCCACCUACACCUAUGGCAUCCAACGCGGCUGUGAAUGAACAAGAAGAGGAUGAGGAUGACAAGGAAUCAGCGAUUGAUUAUUCAGACAUGAUCUAUCAUUCAGGGGAAAAGGUACAAGAGGAAAAAGAAAAGAAACACACCCACUCAGAUCAUGAGGAAGAAAAUGAAGAAGAAGAGGAAGAAGAAGGAGAAGAAGAUUGGGAAGAUACAGCCAUUGAUCCAUUUGAUGACGAUUUUGCAGUGCAUGUACCCAAAGGAUCCAAAGCGACCAGUGCUACUGUAGUGGGUGAUUUCAGAAAAAAGAGAGCCAGCAGUGUUGUUACCACAUUGUCCCCUACCAUUCAAAUCUUGGAUCCAACCAUCAUCCCUGCCACAACAUCGCCUAUUGCUUCUCCCGAGGAGGCGGAGGAAAAGAUCAUUGUACAAAAGAGAAAGCCAAAGCAAGACAAAACCGAAGAGGACAAUACACCUCGCCAGUAUGUUGAAAAGGAGAGCCAAGAGAUUGAGCAUAGACCAAUCACACCUCACAUGAAUCGACAGUCGAUGGGAUCCUACGUGUCAUCCUCUGUAGCAGCUACACCAGCACCUUCUUUCUAUUCACCAUCACCAGCGCCUCCUCAUCCAUCACAACAACUCUCCUAUUAUAGCCACUCUCAAUCAACACCACUGAUAGAACUGCAUCUACCAGAAGACGAACAGAGCAAAGUGUACCCGACCAACAUAUUGAAGGCGGGUGCUCCUCCUGAUUCUUCUGCCUCUCAGAUGCAGCAGCAGCAGCAGCAGGCAGCAAAUCCAUACUUUAAGAAACAAGGAAUUGUUCCUGCCACUGAUUAUGGGUACUUUAAAGAAGGAGAUCAAUUGGCCAACAAGACAUUACCAAAACUACCUCCAUCUGCUACAUCCAAUGAUGAUCGUCAUAUCACUGUAUCCAGCAUCAACCCAGGUCAACGUGUAUGGAUCCGCAUCCACCCUACUGAUACGGGCAAAGAUUUGGCAGAACGCAUUCACAUUGUCGCUUCCUAUCAAACAAGACGUGUUACCAAGAUCACCACCAAACAAGGCCGUCAAAUUUCGUUGGACAACAAACCUUUGUUUGAGGAUUGGAAUGAGAUUGUCAACUUUAAAGAAGGAGAGCAGUGGACAGUGGAAUGGGUGCCAAUCGAACAUCCCUAUGUAGAUAUCAUUACGGAAGGAAAAGAGUUCAUGAAGCAAUUGAAGGCAAAUUUUAGAGGCUCUUCUUCAAAGUAG